AAGCGGCACAGAUUAAAGUCAGACUUGUUUUUCUAGUUUCUGCAUUUCUGGGGUAGGUGGGACGUGUUCGUGUAAACAGUUUCAGCGCAGUGAGCGCAACUGCGAUUGUCUUCUGUGGCUUGGACUUAAAACGCGCAGACCACAACAAAAGAUGUAUUCGCGUCCUCCGGUGCUGCCUCGAAAGCCUUCACGUGUCCAAGUCACGCCCGUUCCAAAACAGCAGCUUGCCUUGCAGGAGUUGAACUCUCCAUCUCAACGGAAUGAAGAGCGAGAAGUGGAGAUUCUGAACCACUGUUUCGAUGACAUUGAGCGCUUCAUGGUGCGUUUGCAGCAGGCGGCCGAGGCCCAGAGCAUUCUUCUUCAGAGGAAGAAAAAAAGCAGGAAGAGCAAGAAGCUGAGCCAAGAUGGUAAUGACUUGAUUACCAUGAAAGCGGUUCCUCCAUCAGAGGACGACUUUGUGGACAUUUUUCAGAAAAUCAAGUACUCCUUCAGUCUGCUGGAUCGGGUCAAGUCUGCCAUAACGGAACCGAAAGCGCCCCGGUUGCUGCAUCACAUCUUUUUUCCUCUCCAACUGAUGGUGAAAACCACAUGCGGCCCACAAUUGGGGGGCUCAGUGGUCAGUCCCGCACUGACCACUGGAGCCGUUUCGCUGCUCCGGGACCAUCUGACCGAGGAGGAAAAACAGCUUUGGACUGAGUUAGGCCCCAACUGGACUUGCCCCAGUUGCCAGCUCGGUGUGUCUGUCCCUCCGUACUCGCCAGUCUUCCUGGACGGAUGGCAGCCGCAGGCGUUCGACUCCUCUGGCUUGCCUCUGGAAGAUCCUGUUGAGUCGCAGCAUAAACAAGAAGCGAACGUGCAGAGUGCACCCGUGGCGGAGGGCCCCGUUGACGAGACGGAUGAAGUGGAGGGAAAUGGACUUCCACCACCUGGGGAGAGACAUUUCUGCUGCUCCUAUGACUUUGUUGCGAGAAACAGCAGUGAGCUCUCGGUGCUGCAAGGAGAAACACUUGAGGUCAUCGAGUCCUCCAAGAAAUGGUGGAAGUGUCGCAAUCGCUUUGACCAGAUCGGAUUUGUUCCCCAUACUAUCUUGGAACCACUGUCGACUCAAAACAACAACAGUGGGGAAAAACCACCGAUGUCACCCGCUUUGUACGCUCCGCUGAGCCCGCCUGGUACUUAUGGGACUGCGACGAGCCCCACGGCGAGGCCUCAGAGCAUGGUGUUGCCAUCCGCAGCGACACACGAUGACAAUGGAGAUCGAGUACUCAUAAUGAACGACGAGCUUCUUCAACGAAUGGCGCAGAAGAGAAUCUCCGGCAGCCGUCCUCCUCUCAUGACGUCACGCUCCGUGGAACCACCGUUUACAUUGAACUACCAGUCUACGGCGUCCGAGGUGGAGUCCUGGCUCGUAGCAAAGGGCUUCAGUCAGCGGACCGUCCAGAGUCUUGGCGUUUUAACCGGAGCGCAGCUCUUCUCCCUCAACAAGAAGGAACUCUGUGAAGUGUCUUACGAUGAAGGCGCAAGAGUGUACAGUCACAUUAUGAUGCAGAAGGUCAUUCUCGAGGAUGCGCAAAAGGUCUCCGAACUGGAGAAGGCGAUGGAGAGGCAAAAGCUGAAGAUCGGAAUGACCGAAUGAGCCAGCGGACAGUCGGCCACGUUAACCCUAGGGAAAUUGUGACGAGAAUAGACUGAGAUAGUUUGAGCCAUAAACUGUGCAUUCUGAAUUUGUGAAGGCAAACCAGCAGAUGACUUUUGACUUUUUACGGCAACCCGCCUAUUUGCAUCAGCUUUCAAUUGCCAAUAAACUCAUUCUGUUGUCAUUUAUUCAUA